AUGGCAGGAAACUAUAGGUUUGCAAUGGACCAAAAGGAUAUCGUAAGGUUAUUGAUUACCACGGUGGGAAGUUUCACACAAGAUUGUUUGAUCAAUAAAGAGCAAAGAACCCAGCACAAAGAACAGUGUGCUGAGAGAUUAGCAGCUGAAGAUGGGAGCUGUGACAAAGAUACAGAGGUUCGAUACUCCGAUCAAGCAGUAUUAGCAAAUUUGGAUUGGGGUAUUGAAGCCCUUGAAGAAGCCAUUGGCACCUCCAACAUUGAGACUAAGCUGGCACGAUUAGAUUAUGCAGAGAAGAUGCUGCAAGUUUGUGCCUUGUUGAACUCUGACCAAAGAACAGCUGGAGUCCCCAAUUUCUACCUCUCUGCUUGGGCCCACCUCAACCUUUCAUACCUAUGGAAAUUGCGUAACAAUGCUGAGAAUUCUGUUCUUCAUGUUCUUGAGAUGUUUAUUGUUGAUCCGUUCUUCUCGAGAAUCGAUUUUGCCCCUGAACUCUGGAAAGAUCUGUUUCUUCCACAUAUGAGCUCAAUUGUUGGGUGGUAUUCUGAGACCAGACACAGGCUUAUGAUGGAAGUAAUUCCUGAUUCUUCUGAUCUCUCGUUCACUGCUGACUUCGAUCAGUUCUUCAAUGACUCUUUGAUUUAUUCAAUGAGGCCAGAUCAGGUGGAAAAUUUCCAAAAGCUGGAGGAGCUUUAUAGAGAAUCCUUAGAUGAAAAUACCCGGCUUUUUGCUAAACACUACAAGGAUUGCAUGAAUUCUGAUUCAACAACAAGCAAGAAGAUGAUUCCAAUGUUGCCGAUAGCAGAACCACCAGUUACGCCUCUACACGAGGUUAGCCGGUCCAUUCCUGAUUAUGUGAAAUUUGGUCCCAUCUUGCCUAAAAGUGCUGGUUUCUCUCCUGUUCUUAGAUAUAAACAUGGCGAGAGAGCAGAAAGCAGAUUGAGCAUAAUUUCAAACCUUUCAGCUAAUUUGGAGGAGCCUGCUAUGUGUGAUGCUCAAGAGAUCAUGCCUGAGGACAGAGAAGCUGGUUCUGAUUGCGAGCCGAGUGAUACUUAUCUAAACGAAGGUAAAAAUCACAAGUUAAUUCCUCUUCGCAGCAUGAAAUCAACUGAGAAUAAGGAAAUGGGGCUAAGCAAACGGCCAGCUAAACCAAAGAGCCAAAAGCAUUCUCCCAAAAUAUUCUCUCCUAUAGAUUCCCCAAGAAUUUCACCAAAGACCAGUUCUCCUAAUAAUCCAGCUGUGCAACGUAAAAAAGAAGGCACAACAAUGUUACGGCUUCUGUCAUGCCGAGCUAUGGAUUCUGCAACUGCUACCUCGUUACCCGAUUCUCCACGCUUGAGCAAAGAUUACAGCAGUAGCUCACCGGACUCGGAUGGUGAAGUGAUAGGUCUGCUUAGAAACUUCAGGAAGAACCGUAGUCGAACGAGGAGGAUGAGCUAUGACAAUGUGAACAGCCAAAUAUUAGAGAAUAGUUCUCUUAUUGAGAGUGAUGAAGGAAGCCAGAGCUUCAUUUCACUUCCUACAUCAGAGAAGUUGACUCCCCUUUCAAGACCACCAAAAGAUUUUGUUUGCCCUAUCACAGGCCAGCUGUUCAAUGACCCAGUUACACUUGAAACUGGCCAGACCUAUGAGAGAAAAGCAAUUCAAGAAUGGAUAAAAAGAGGAAACACGACAUGCCCUAUUACCCGCCAACCUCUCUCUGCAAAUUCACUGCCCAAAACAAAUUAUGUUUUGAAGAGACUCAUAACAUCUUGGAAAGAGCAGCAUCCAGAGCUUGCACAGGAAUUUUCAUACUCUGAAACACCUAGGAAUUCGUUCAGCCCCUCCUCCUUUAGGGAAAGCUCGUCGGUGUCUACUCCAUCCAGAGCAUUUUAUUCUCCCAGUCAUAACAGCACAGAUAAUCACACGCAUCAGAGAAGCAAAAGAUUUGCCAGAACAGCAGUGUCUACAUCACCAACUAGUGUAAUUUCUCAAGCUACUAUUGAAACAAUCAUAAAUGGGUUAAAGCCUUAUAUUUCAUGUCUCUGUACUUCAGAAAACUUAGAAGAAUGUGAAGCAGCAGUGUCAGCAGUAGCCAAACUGUGGAAGGACUCAAAGGGUGAUCCUGCAGUUCUUUCAUAUUUAUCUGAGCCAACUCUUGUAAAUGGGAUUGUAGAAAUACUAUCAGCUUCGGUAAACAGAGAGGCUCUUAAAUCUUCAAUUUACAUUCUCUCUGAGCUAACCUAUUUAGAUGAAAGUGUUGGAGAGAUUCUAACAAGUGUAGAUUCUGAUUUUGAUUGCCUAGCCGCUUUGUUCAAAAAUGGGCUUGCUGAGGCCGUUGUUCUGUUAUACCAACUGAGGCCAGCAUUUUCUCAGCUUUCAGCUCACAACUUUAUACCCUCACUUGUCCAGUUAAUCCAUAGAAAAACUGAAGAUUUGGACGAUCUUCAAUUUGCAAUAGAGCCCAAGGAUGCUACCAUAUCUUUGCUUGAACAGGUACUUACGGGCGGGGAUGAAAACAGCCGCUCUGUCAAUGCUUUUGAUGUUAUUUGUGCAAAUGGAAUUCCAGCACUAGUCAAGUGUUUGGAUAGAGUGGAAGGAAGGAAGUCAAUUAUUUCAAUACUUCUCUGUUGCAUGCACGCUGAUAAAAGUUGCCGGAGCUUGGUAGCAAGUACAAUCGAACUCUCUCAUGUUCUUGAAUUAUUUCAUUCGGGAAACGAUAGCGUGAGAGGCUUAUGUAUUGACUUCCUCUCAGAGCUAGUUCAGUUAAACAGGAGGACAUUCUGCAACCAGAUCUUGCAGAUAAUUAAAGAUGAAGGAGCAUUUAGUACCAUGCACACCUUUCUUGUGUAUCUCCAAAUGGCUCCCAUGGAGCAGCAACCUUCCCUUGCCACUCUUCUUCUUCAGCUUGAUCUCCUGGCUGAGCCACGACAGAUGAGCAUUUACAGGGAAGAAGCUGUAGAGGCGUUAAUUGAAGCGCUGCACAGAAAAGACUUCUCAAAUUCUCAGAUGACGGCUCUGGAGGCUUUAGUUUCUCUUUCUGCCCGUCGGACUUCAUCUGGGAGUACUUACAUGGAAGCCUGGUUACUGAAGAUCGCAGGAUUUGAUCAACCUUACAAUGCCUUGAUGAAGGCAGAAAAGCUGAAGAAGGAUGAAAAUGAUUUAGCAGAAACAAUUUUAGCCGAGACAAGGGAAGAUGAAGAGAGAGCAGAAAGUUCUUGGGAGAAAAGAGUAGCUUCUGUCCUUUGCAAUCAUGAAAAGGGCUCUAUCUUCAAAGCUUUAGAGGAAUGCUUCAAGAGUAAUUCCUUAGAGAUUGCAAAAUCAUGCCUUGUCAUUUCCACAUGGCUCGUACACAUGCUUUCAGUUCUUCCUGACACUGGUCUAAAAAGUGCAGCUCGUAAAUCCUUGCUUGAUGAAUUUAUAAAUGUCCUUCAAUCCUCUAGAAAUAUGGAAGAGAAGAUUUUGGCAACCCUUGCAUUAAGAAUUUUCGUAAGUGACCCAGCUGCACUUGAAGUGCUUGGAAAGUAUGCUAAAUGCAUCUACAGAACAUUGAGAAAGCUUAAGAGAAGUUCACCAGUGAUCACAGAUGUACUGAAAUCUUUAAUGAAUUUGUCGUCUGUCAAUGCAACAGAGUUGUGGAAUUGUACUCGAGUGGUUGAGGUAGAAUCAUGCGCCAAUGGUGAAGUGUUGUCUUUGCUUCAUUUUAAAGGUCGUGUUAUUAGCAGCCAUUCUGACGGAACGAUAAAGGUGUGGGAUGCUGGAAAGAGGGUUCUAAGGUUACUUCAAGAGGCCCGUGAACAUACAAAAGCUGUCACAUGCCUCUAUACUCCAUCUUCAGGAGACAAAUUGUACAGUGGUUCCUUGGACAAAACAAUUCGGGUUUGGACAAUCAAACCUGAAGAAAUUCAUUGUAUUCAAGUUCACGAUAUGAAAGAGGCAGUACACGAGUUGGCAGCUAAUAGUAAAGUUGCAUGCUUCGUUUCUCAAGGACCAGGAGUCAAGGUGUACAGCUGGUCGGGUGUUCCAAAGCAUAUAAAUUUCAACAAAACUGUGAAGUGCCUUGCUAUGACAGGUGAUACCUUGUACUGCGGUGCCUCUGGUUACAGUAUCCAGGAGGUGGAUUUGAACAAAUUCACAUCAACUACAUUCUACUCGGGAACAAGAAAAUUGUUGGGGAAACAAAGUAUUCAUUCCCUACACGUUCAAGAUGGUCUUCUGUUUGCUGGUGGUUCAGCCGUUGACGGAACAGCAGGGAAGGUAUUUUCUCACUCGAGCAAGGCUGUAACUGGAUCCUUCUCCACUGGAUUGGACAUUCUACAGAUUGCUGUCAACAGCGACUUCAUAUUCACUGCCACGAAAAGUGGGAUCAUUGAAGUUUGGUUAAAAGAAAGAGUUACAAGAGUUGCUUCCAUCAAGAUAGGAAGUGGGGGACACGCAAGAAUUACAGGCUUAACAUCAGAUAUGGACGGUGGAAUGCUUUUUACUGGUACUUCUGAUGGCAAGAUCCAGGCUUGGGCAUUGGACUAG